UUGAACCGGAAGUACAUUAAACAGCAUGGCGGACAAAAACAAACCGGAGGAAAUGGAACGCAUAGGUGCAAGCAAUACCAGCAAUGUGGAAGAGAAAAAACUUAAUCCAGAAGUUGGAGGGGAUACAAAAACACUUUCUUAUGUAUCUCAAUCCGUUCCGGUUUCUUUUAAAAUGCCAAGCUUACCGGUUUUGCAUCAAAGUAAACACGACACCCAUGACACGACGAAAUCAAAAUCACAUGUAAAUCUUUCAAACGUAAUGUCAACGUCGAUUGAUCCCAAUGAAGACGACACCAAGCCUAAAUGUGACCAACAGGAAAUUUACACAGAUUCAUCUGACAACUCUCCCGUAGUACCACAGGAAAACUCUACGGAAGAUACAAGUAAUGGGACUGAUGUAGAUAAAAUCAUUCCAAAUAAUACUAAAGUCAAUAAAUCCACUGUUACUGCAAGGAAAGAUGAUCAAGUAACCUUAAAGAAAAGUGCACUUUCUCCUGCAGAAAAACUUAAGCAAACACAGGUGGUAAUUCCGUAUAAGGAGCCAAGUUGGAGUGGUCUGCCAGAGGACAAGUAUUCGUUCGAUGUCCUCAAGAAUGGCACAAUAGUAUCUACUAUAGACCUAGAGAAACCAUAUUAUGUUUUUGGUAGACUUCCUAGCUGUGAUGUUACAAUGGAGCAUCCUUCACUGUCGCGAUACCAUGCAGUCGUGCAAUACUGUAAGGGAAACCCAGACGAGGGACGGGAGAGGGGAUGGUAUCUUUAUGAUCUUGACAGUACACAUGGAACGUGGAUAAACAAGCACAAGACUUAUCCAAACAAGUAUUACAGAAUACGCGUUGGGCACAUGGUGAAAUUUGGAGGAAGUACUCGGCUCCAUAUUUUACAAGGUCCAGAUGAAGACAUAGAAGAAGAGUCAGAUUUGACACCUUCAGAAAUGAAGGAACAGCGAGAAAAACAGAAACGAGAAGCAGAGAUUCUACGACAGGCAGAGAUAGCUGCAGAGGAACAGAAACUAGAGGAAAUGAAGAGAAUUGAGGAAGCUAGGGGAUGCUCUUGGGGCAUGGGUGAUGAUGCUGCUGAGGAAGAGGAUGAGGAGGACAAGGGAGAAAGUGCAAUGGAACAAGCACUGAAUAUUCUUACUCCAGAAAGUGAAGCUCUCUACAUUAAUGACCCAAAGAAAGCUCUAAAAGGAUACUUUGAAAGAGAAGGUUGUGAAGAACCUGAGUAUGAGGUGGUAGAUGCUGGAAAGGGGAAAUUCAAGUGUACAGUGGAGUUACCAGUAGAUACAGCAUCUGGGGAGCCCAUGGUUGCUGAGGCAGUUGUGUCUGGAAAGAAGAAGGAUGCUGUGGUGCAGUGUGCUCUGGAGGCCUGCAGAAUUCUGGACAAACAGGGACUACUAAGGGCAUCCAAACAUGAGAGUAGGAAGAAGAAAAAGAAAAACUGGGCUGAUGACGAUUUCUAUGACAGUGAUGAUGAUACAUAUCUCGACCGAACUGGAGACAUAGAGAAAAAACGGAAACAGAGAAUGAAUAAGGCUGGGAAGAGUGAAGAAGGGGCACAGACUUAUGACACUUUGAUCGAAAAGCACCAGAAAAUCCUCAAAGAAAUUGAAGAAAUAGAGGCCAAACUGGACAAGGCUAAAGCAGAGGCUGCUGCAGCCAUGGCAGAGGGAGAAGUGGAUGCUCUUGAUGCAUACAUGUCUGCCAUUAAAUCUGGCAUGAUGGAUACCAAAACCAAAAUGAAGCUGAAACGUCAACUCAUGGAUCUGAAACAAGAAGAACAGAAAGUACGCAAACUUGUCAACAUUGCUAAACCUGCCACGAUGCCUGAACUAAAAAGACCAGAUCCAGUGAAGAAGGCUGAUGUUAAAGGACUUCCUGCAUUUGGAAAAAUAAAAAGUUUACAAAAAGUCAUAAAAAAGCCUUCAGCACCUGCGAACAAUCCUUUGAGUUUCGACAAUAGAAUGAAAGAGGUGGAAGAGGAAGAAGAGGAGGAAGAAGAAGAGGAAGAAAGAGCAAACGAUAUUUCAAAAGAAAAACAAAAUAUGAAAAGUCUCAGACUCUGACAUCAAGAAUGAUUCUCGUGCUGCAAUAUCUGUGAUAAAGACUGUAACAAAAUCUUCAGAGAUAAAGGGUCCACAGCGACCCCCAGUGUCACUACUGACACAGCACAGGGAUGUCGAGGUGAAGGACACAUUAGAGGGUGCUGGGAGUGUUGAGGCUAUUCCCCUCCAGACACAGGACAAUAUAGACUCGAAGGAUGUUAUUAGUGAUGUAUCACAAGUGUCAAAAGAAGCCGUGAGUGUUGAUCAGCUGACGAUACAUGUAAAGAGACAACACAAAUCAGGAACAACAGAU